CAACGUACGUACGUACGUAUGCUCUCGGCCUGUUGUAUUGCACGCUCGCGAGCUCGAAAGAGCUGUCGAAUUUCGUCCACAUUUGUGGUCGAUUCUCUCGGUCUCUGAUGACGAUCUUGCCGUGUAACUUAUCAGCAUCUGCAUGUGACUGUGUGAGCUUUCAGCUGUUGGUCUUCACUUUUGAAACAGUGAGCAACGGUGCCUUCCCUUUGUCAUGCUUUACCAGUUCUGUGGGGGGGUACUCACGAGGAUGACAGGUGGAAUUAGGACGUUACCCCUGGGAGUACUGUUUGUACUAUCCCUCCAAAUUGUUUGCCUGAGCUCAUCCCCGAAUGGGCCACGAUCUGGGGAUGGGUCCAAACCGGCAGUGUUCACCAACACGUACGCCGUCCACAUCAGUGGUGGGAUUGAAAAGGCCGAUGAGCUCGCUGAAAAACAUGGCUUUGUUAACCUAGGCAAGAUCGUUGAUAACCAUUAUCAUUUUCUGGAUCAUCACGCCAUUGAGAAAAGAUCGCUGUCCUCAAACAAGGAAAGACAUCUGCACCUUAAAAAAGAAGAACAUGUGCAUUGGGUGGAGCAGCAGGUAGCCAAGAGCAGGAUGAAGAGAGACAGUACCACUCCUGCCAGUUCUCAGCUCAACGAUCCAAAGUGGCCGCUGUGGUAUCUGCAAAGAGAGCCAGGCCUUGAUAUGAAUGUAAUUCCAGCCUGGAAAAAAGACUACACAGGCACUGGUGUUGUGGUGUCCAUUUUGGAUGAUGGAAUCGAGAAAAACCAUCCAGAUCUGAGUGCCAACUACGAUCCAGUUGCCAGUUAUGAUGUGAAUAGCCGAGACGACGACCCCCAGCCCAGAUAUGAUUUCACCAACGAAAACAGGCAUGGUACAAGAUGUGCAGGAGAAGUAGCUGCUCUGGCCAAUAACAGUAUAUGUAGUGUAGGCAUUGCCUACAAUGCAAGAAUUGGUGGAGUCCGUAUGCUGGACGGCGACGUGACUGACGCGGUAGAGGCCAGAUCAUUAAGUCACCGGCCGGACCACGUGGAUAUCUACAGUGCCAGCUGGGGCCCAGAUGAUGACGGCAAGACUGUGGACGGCCCCGGCCCCUUGGCUAAAACGGCAUUCUGCGAAGGGAUCACCAAGGGCCGUGGUGGUCUGGGUUCCAUCUUCAUCUGGGCUUCGGGCAAUGGCGGCCGGUCCAAGGACAGCUGCAGUUGCGAUGGCUACACCAAUUCCAUCUACACCAUCUCGGUUAGCAGCGUAUCGGAGAGGGGCAACAUUCCCUGGUACUCGGAACCCUGUGCAUCCACGAUAGCCACCACCUACAGCAGUGGCAGUAGCGGUGAACAGGAAGUUAUAACAACUGACCUGAAUCUGGGCUGCACCGAUAAACACAGCGGCACCUCGGCCUCGGCCCCGCUAGCUGCCGGCAUAUGUGCUCUGGCACUUCAAGCAAAUCCCCAUCUGACAUGGAGAGAUCUUCAGCACAUAAUUGUCUUGACAUCCAGAUGGGAGCACUUGAAUGCACCAGACUGGAUGAGCAAUGGUGUCGGCCGUAAAGUGAGCCAUUCCUAUGGUUACGGUCUGAUGGAUGCUGAUGCUAUGGUAACUGUGGCCAAGACAUGGAACCGAGUGCCUGAGCAGCAUAUUUGCACUGAGAAUGCCUUGCCUCUACCCAAGGAAAUACCUUCCAGAGGAAAGCUGGUGAUCCACUUCAAUACGACUGGCUGUGGUGGCACCUCCAACUAUGUGGAGUACCUGGAGCAUGUGCACGCCCGCCUGACGCUGAGCUUUAGCCGUCGGGGCUCACUGACCAUCAAGCUGACCUCCCCACUGGGCACGGAGGCCACCCUCCUACCGGCCAGGCCCAGGGAUUUCUCCAAAGAAGGGUUCACCGAUUGGGACUUCAUGAGCGUCCACUCCUGGGGCGAAAGCCCGGCUGGGACCUGGACCCUAGUCAUCCAGAACACUGGGGAAAGAUCCUACAGUGGUACGCUCAAGCACUGGACAUUGGUGAUGUAUGGCACGGAGGUGCACCCGCUGGAGGACCACAUCGGCCCCAACAACUGCCCCAAGGGGGAGUUCUUGUCCACGGAUGUCCGCACUCACUCUGACGGACUGGUUGACAACACCAGUAUUGUUCACACCUGCCAGCCGUGCCACUCCACUUGCGAGACAUGCUUUGGGCCCAGUGAGGCCCAGUGCCUGACCUGCCCCUACAGCUACAUCAAGCGGGACGUGUACUGUAUAACCGUGCGGCCGUACGACCAGAAGAUUUUCCUGAGCAUGCUGCUCAUGUGCGUGGUCCUCUUGGGAAUAUUCCUGCUUUUCUUUCUAGCCUUGCAGGCUUACAGCCAGGGAUUUUGCUCCUGGAACUACAGUGGCAUGUCCAAACAGAAAGGGUGCGAUUAUGAAUACCAGGAACUGACCAAGGAUUUUGACUCUGAUCCUGAGAAUGAGGACUCCGUUUUGUACACUGAGAAACCUAUAUCCACAGUCUCCCAUAUUUGAAGUGUAACAAUACCACGGCCGCAUCUGAAAAACGAGACUACGACUGACAUUAAUGCAUGCAUAGAUGAGAAACGGUUGUAGCCAUUAAUCCAAAGCCUACGGACGGCUCGUGUGUUUUUGCCAGUUGUAGCCAAAUACAAUAUCAUUCAGAUGCGGCCAUACAUGUACAUGUACUUAAAGAAAGGUGUCAUUGCAGAAAAAAAUUUGUAAUAGAAGUUAUAGGAAUCGUCAUAUUUAUUGGUUUAAUUUGUUGGAAUUGUACAGCUCCGGUUGUACAGAAUAGAUUCAUAUUUUGCUCACAAAGAUUAGUUAGCCACAGUCCGUCAGGAAAGAGAAACCCAGAGAACUCUGUACUGUGGAGAUGCGGUACACAAAAAUCCAUCCACUGCUGUGUUGUAAAAAUUCUUUCCUGCAUUCAGGUUUUCAUUAACUGUUUUCGUGAGUUGAUGAAAGUAUAAAUGGAAUCAACCAUUCUUUAUUGAAUGGUUAAACCGUAAAGUCGUGCAGAUUAUUUUGGUCAAUGGUAACCAUUUUUCACGUCUUCCUAAAAAGGCUGGUAAACUUGUAGUUACUCCCUUCACAGGCUGUGCAUGCAAUCCUGCUGCAAAUGCCAAAGGUUUCAGAGGUUUUUACCGAUGUGUAGGUGGAGAAAUGUACAGGUAAGGUAGCACCGAACACAUACAUUCAUUUUAUGUACAAGCUGAACCAGAUGGUUUCAUAACCAAGUGGCCAUCCGAAUCGUGUGCCUAAGGCAAGGUCUUUCGUACAUUGCAAAUGUGUCUCUGCACUUGGUGACAAUAGAUACACCGGUACAUGUAGCUAUGCUCUGGAAGCCCAUGUUGGACAUAACUUGCUCACACUUGCACAGCAGCUUUCCCUCUUGGAGCCUGAAGGUUCGUAGGGGAAACCAACGUACACCAACAACAGCAAAAAUGUGACCUUGUUUGUGCAGCAUUGCUUGUAAAAGAUGUUAUCCUCAGCGUGUUAUCAGGCGUGUUUUUCUUUUUUGGGGGGGCCUUUUUUGUUGGGGAUAGUCCAGUCUGAAAGUUCUUGUGCAAGUAUGUAUUGAGAGAAAUGGUGCAAAAACUAUAAUAUAGAUGGUUUUGAUAAAAAUGUGUAGGUUGUUGGGGAGUAACGUGUUGAGUCUUCACUAGCAGGGUAGAUACCUAAUGACUUUGUGGUAGCCUGGUCACCUCAUCUUAUGCUGGUACCCUUCUACCCAUUCUCAGUCACCACUGCUCAGGUUAUCAAACUGCUUGUCCAUUACUUAGUUUGUACAUGUAUGUAAGGCCGUGUAUUUUUCAGCGAUUUCGAAAGAUGCAUACUUUUUUUUAUUUUUGUUGUUGGAUUAAGUUUUUACCAAUUACACCUGUACGUGAAAAGACAAAUGGCACUCUGACCUCCAUCUGAGUAGUGUAGAAAUGACAGUGUGUGAUUUACAGUACUUUGGAAUUGAAAGUUAAUCUGGGGAUGGCAAAUUCUUUCCCCCUUUUUUUCUCUUCCUAGGGAAGUUGGAAAACAUUCUCACAGCUUUUUGCACAAGUUGGAAAGUGAAAGGAAAGUUUUCCCAUUUCAAUUCAGUGUUAACUUUCAAUUAAGGUGUACUGUACACACAUUUCUAGAACUUUAGAGAUCCAAGAUAUGACAUCACGCUUCUCAGGGACCAAAUGAUAUGCAGCUGCUUAGCAGGAAAUCUUGCCGAGUAAAUUUAUGCGCUAAGCAAACAUGAGCAGAGCACCAGUCACAGGCAGUAUGAAGGUACCUACAUGUACGUGCCUGACUUUUCGGCCGGUAAUACAUUUUUGCUUAGCAAAUAUUUUCUUUGCUGAGCAAGGUCUAGAGCUUUGCAACUGUGUGACAUUGUCCUUCGGUCAUCUGCAGUGCUCUCACUGCAGAUGGAAUUCUACUAUACUGGCCAACAGCAAGAAUGCUUCCUAAACAAAUGAAGUCAAACCUGACUAAUUCUGGGUAACCAAGAAUAAAAAUGCUGCUUAAGUUGUUUGGCUCUCGUUUUCAAAAUACAGUAUCGAGUCAAUGUCUACAUGUACACAUGCACAUGUCUAGGAAUAAAAUUUAUGAUUGAUUGGAAACAGCAGCCAAUCAGCAACUGUAGUUCAUGUAUCAUCAAAAUCCAUUAUAAAAACACUGUUAAUCACGUCACUGGUACCUCCAAAGCACACAGUUCAAAAACACAAUUUGACCAGUGUAGCUGGACAUUGAAAUAUUUGCUUCUCUGUUCUAAAGUGACACACAGCAUGGAAUUAUUCCUGGUAUAUAUGUAUGUGUACUAUAUCAGUAUUUGUAAAUAAGAUGGAAACCACAGUGUGCCUUUAAUAACAAUUUAAUCAUAUCAAUAUUGUGGUAUUUUUAAUAUACAUAUAUACAUGUAGCUACAGAAACAAUUGUGUAGGGUUACGGUGUUGAAUUUUGGCAAAAAGUGAGAUUUUUAUUCCAUGUACAAGCACCCACCUUUGUACAUACUCAUACAGUGCACUGGUAGGCACUCCUGGUGUGAAGGGGCAAUUUCUUUUGUUAGGAAAGUUGAGAGUGAGUUAUCAUGGUUAUGGGGAAUUUUUAGCCGUAAUGUUUUUGGCCGCCACAACGUCUAUCUUUCAGCGCAUGUGUAGUCCCCGUUCACAUGGUACAUGUGUUUACCUGUGUGUGCAAAACCAAUUUAUACUCAGUACAUAUCUUUGCAUUUUAAUUUUAAAGAUGAGAAAUUAAUGGUUUACUCAGUCUGAGGCAUGCAUGCAGUGAUAGCCUGCAUGUAGGAUUACCAAAAGGUACAUGUAAUAACUUUUGCUCUCGAUUUUGUCUCGUCAGAUGUACAAGACCUGAAUAGCCAAGUCCGAAUAGAGUCAAGGUCAGAUACGGUCAGGGGGCCUUGCCCCAUCCAAAGGGCAGUGUUGUUGUAAUAAUUAGAGAAGGGCAACUGUGGGCCCCUUUGGCCCCCCCCCUUCAGGUUCUGGAUCUGCUCUUGAGGGUCUGCAGUCAUGCGUAACUCACACCUGUUCUUAAACUGUAAAUGUUUGUCAAGUAACAACACCUAUUGCUAGGUGUGGAGCAGUUGCAGUAAUUGCGCAUAUCAGUUCAUUUGAUGCAAACUAUGGGACAGAGAGAAUCCCCCCUGCCGCCUUUGUGUUGGUCAUUGUUACACUGGUAUCUCA